AUGCACCAUGAUCAUGACGAUUCUGAUUAUGAUGAUCCGCCUUCACCAUCUCCAUCGGGACAUUCUGGAUAUCCUCACCAAUUGAACUCUGAAGAUGGCCAAAUUGAUAGAAAUUGUGUAUA